AUGACCUUCUUGCGCAAGAGCAUCGAGAACGUCGAAUUCGGCCGCGACCCGAGUGCCAUCUUCUACUCGCUCUUCCAGGACCCGGCGAAGCACAUUGACGACAUGCAGUGCCUGCGCAUGUUUGUGCGGCGCUACCUGGUGCACACGAGCGAGGGCAACAACCCGCACCAGGUGCCGCUGUAUGCAUUCCUGUGCGUCCGAUGUGCGUGGCCGGAUGUGGACCGUGAGCUGGUGAAUCGGCUGGUGCAUGAGGAGCUUACCGCUCUCGUGAAGGCGGACCGCGCCAUCGCGAAGGAGAAGGAGCGAAAACGCGCCCACGAAGAUGGUGUGGCGAUACCAUCGUGGGCUAGCCUGCUCCAGAGUGAAUGCUAG